UAUUCCUGGCAACCAAACAAACCCUCAAGAUCUUCUAAAACCCUACCUUCCAUUUUUUAUCGUGCCCUAGCCUGCACCACGCGAUCCUAGAUAGCCUUGGAUGCUUUAUACCCUCUUACAGUCUCCGCCUUUUUGUAUUUUAAUAUGAAAAGGAGUUUCCAGAAUAAAGCAAGCAAAUGCAAAUGCUACAAAUUUUGUUGAUUUCGUGGUUCUAUUUUCUUCCUAUCUCAAAACCCUAACUAACCCCAACUCUAACCCUAACUCUAACCCAUUCACAAUUUUGAAUUUUCUUAUCCAUUCACAAUUUUGAAUUUUCUUAUCCAAACGCAAGACAGAUUUUUUUGUUCUGGGCAUAUAUAUGGCUAUUGCUUAUCCUCAUUUUAUUGGGUCUCAGAAAUCUGCAAUGGAGACGGGGAUGAUAUCAUCUCCGUCUUCGUCUUCUCCAUCUCGGCCUCCUGUGAUCCUUACCCAAGAUGAGUUGAAGAAAAUCGCGGCGUACAAAGCUGUGGAAUACGUUGAGUCCGGUAUGGUUCUCGGGCUCGGAACCGGGUCGACGGCGAAGCACGCCGUGGACCGCAUAGGCGAGCUUUUGCGGCAAGGGAAGUUGAAGAACAUUGUGGGAAUACCCACAUCGAAGAUGACCCACGAACAAGCGGUUUCGUUGGGGAUUCCAUUGUCGGAUCUGGAUUCUUAUCCGAUUUUGGAUCUUGCCAUUGAUGGUGCGGAUGAAGUCGACCCGUAUUUGAAUUUGGUGAAGGGUCGGGGCGGGUCACUGCUGAGGGAGAAGAUGGUGGAGGGUGCUUGUAAGAAAUUCGUUGUGAUUGUUGAUGAGUCCAAAUUAGUUAACUAUUUGGGAGGCAGUGGGCUCGCUAUGCCGGUUGAGAUUGUGCCGUUUUGUUGGAAAUUUACUGCCCAGAGGUUGCAAAUGUUGUUUGAGGAAUCUGGUUGUGUCGCAAAGCUUAGGACUUACCAGAAUGGAGAACCUUUUGUUACAGAUAAUAUGAAUUACAUUGUGGACUUGUAUUUCAAAAGGGAAAUUGGGGAUUUGAAGGUUGCGAGUGAUGCAAUUCUGAGACUUGCUGGUGUCGUUGAGCAUGGAAUGUUUAUUGAUAUGGCAACCACUCUUAUUGUUGCAGGGGAGUGUGGUGUCAUUGUGAAGGAUAAGUGGGACUCUGCAAGCCAUCGGAGGGCUGCUGCUUACACUCCUCUUAACAGUUCUGGCAGUUCUAGCUUGACUACUUACUAUAAGACGAAUCGAGUCCAUUAUCAGUUGUACAUUACAUCAUUUCAAGGCUCUGAAGAAUUCUAAAUCGACCACUAAAAUUCUGGAUGCCUAUUUGAAAAGGUGCCUUGGAAAAACCUAAAUAAAUCUCUCCGAACUUGAGCCCUACUUCUGGAUGCACAUUCAUAGAAAGGUGAGAUUUAUACUUGUUUUUUAAUUGUAUUAGUGAAUUAUAUGGAUGGUUGAUAGGGUAAAGUACCAUUUGGACUGUUUGGGGUGGUGCUAAAAAUUCAGAAGGUGAUAAAAGCAGGUGCAAUAUCCUGAGGGAUCAACUGAAUGGUUUUCUGGGGAUGUUUUAGAUGGCAUUAGGCUAACACUUCCUAGGGCUGUUAAGGUUGCUAGAUUGCCAAAGGAUUUAAGUACUAGGCCUACUGCAUUACAUCAUGUAGCAACAUUUUGAGGAAAGGGGCAUCAGAUUUUACAGAUGGUUAGAUGAUGCCCACCAUGCACGUACAGGUGGAGAUGGUAAAUUCAUUCCAAUGUAUGUCUAUGUCAACUGUGGUGGAUAUUGGACUGACCAAAUUGUUACUACCUUUGGUCUUUUUUUUUUCUAAACAAAGAUUCAUAUUGAAGGAGCA